AGCGACGCAUGACGUAAUUUCUUCCAACACCAUCGCCGCUUCCUGGCCGGUCCAGGCAGCCGCUUCGGGCCCGCGGCGAGUCGGGACCGUUAUUCGCCUCUUGUCCCCGCUCUCCUUCGCUACAAACUACCCCGCUGCUGGUGCCGAGGCGCUGCGGCCAUUAUGUGCGAGUGAAGCGGGGACGCAAGGGAAGACAAACCGCCACAGUCGUCCCGGGACACCUUUUAUGUCACAGUGAGACGGACGGACCUCGAGGCUGUGGUGAUGGUGUUGGACUCAGUCGAAGUCUUCAUGGAUCAUGUCGAGGGUGACCACACCGAGGCCAGCCGCUUGGAGCCGGACAACUCCAAAGCUGCCAAAACCGGCCGCACCACCAAAACCAAGCCGAAACCUCAGACCGGAAAGAGUAAGGUUCCCAAAAAGGAGAAGGUGUCCCAAAACGGGUUCCUGGCUCAGACGGACGCUGACUGUUUAAAAAAACCCAAAGCGGGCGCCACAUCCAAACAAGCUCCCCGCCGUCCCCCGAGUCUGGAUGCGACAUUGCAGCGUUUGCGUGAAUCUCCGGAGCAGAUGGGUGGAGUCAAGCGACUCGUGCGGCCACCUUGGCGCAGCGGCACCUCCGCGCCGUCGCCCCCUGCUCGGAGCUUGACCAGUCCCGGCCCGGGGACCGGCGGCUGGAUGCGUCGCAGCGAGAGCUCAUGCUCGGUUAACUAUUCCCUGGGGUUGCGUGCUAAAAAGGGGCAAAUGCGACCCGCCACGUCGCUGCCGCACAUCGCUAAGGGGACAGGAAGCAUCCCGCUUCCUCCCCCCGGUAGACCGUGCCUCCUUGUUGCCCUCAGACCUUUGAACCUGGAACAAGAGAAGCAUAAGUUCUUCCAGUCUGACUACAACUAUGAGCCCCAGUUUGAGUACGCCCAGCCUGAGCCCAGAUCCGUUCUGGACAAGUACAGGGACGGCUCCAGACUCUUUCUCGAGCAGGCUGUUGGAAUCAUGGAGUGCGUCCUGAACAAGUUUGGCUCCUAUGAGACCUUUGAGGAGGUCACAGGCGGAGGGGUGCUGCCCAAGAGUCAGGUGUGGGCCGCCGUGCGCAAGUAUCUGCAGAAAGAAGGCUGCGUGGGUGAGGUUGUGGUGCGUUUGUCCGACGAGCUGCUCUCUCAGGCUGUGAUGGUGGUGGAGAGCUGUCGCCCCACUCUGACCAUCAACUUAUCCGGCGCCCGUCAGCAUUGGCUGGAAGGGAUGCUGAGACACGAAAUAGGCACGCAUUAUCUCCGAGGGGUCAACAACAAUCUUCAGCCGUGGUCCACCGCAGACGGCAGGAAACAGUUUGGCCUGAAGCCGGCCAACCCCACAGAAGAAGGGCUGGCCAGCCUGCACAGCGUGUUGCUACGGAAACAGCCAUACCUUUGGCGCGCGGCUCUUCUUUACUAUACCGUUUUCCAUGCCGGCAGCAUGAGCUUCAGCCAGCUCUUCGGUCACAUUGCUCGCUUUGUUCGGGAUCCAGACGUCCGCUGGGAGUACUGCCUGCGCGCCAAGAGGGGACAGACGGACACUUCCCAGCCCGGCUGCUUCAGUAAAGACCAGGUUUACUUGGACGGGAUCCUCAAGAUACUACGCCAUCGAAAGAACAUUGACUUCAAGAUGUUGACUUCCUUGGGAAAGGUGUCCUACGAAGACGUGGAGCGGCUGCGUCACCUAGCGGCCAUCACCAGCGCCCGAAUCCCGCAUUUCAUGCGAGACCAAGACCAGUACCUUCAACACCUGGAUCACAUCGUCGCCGUCAAUAAACUGGACGACGCGACACUGCAACGCCUGCUGCCGUGACCUUUUGACGCCGACCUUGAAACUGCCGUGGCGCCCGUGACGUUUUUGCGCACGAAUAGCACUUAAAUGUGAGUACAAUUUUUUUUUUUUUUUAAAAACUUGAACGAUACACACAAAAAAGGGACAACAACGCUAGCGCACGUCAAGCUACUGUCGUCCGAUGCAUGACUGUAAGGCUUUUACACACAACCUCUCCUGUUGCUAUGACGUUACCUCAAUAUAUACACACAUCGAGUAACAUUAUAUACCCUAAAUGUACAAUUAGCACUGAAAUGCCUGUACAAACUGCUGCGUAGCGAUUUAAGAAUAAUGCUCACAAUUACUGUAUUUACGCAAUUGUUUUGUUUUUUUUGUUUUUUUACUUGUGGAGUCAAACUGAAUGUUCCUGGCUUUAGCUUUACGCCUCCUUUUUUCACACGUCGUUUCUAUGCCUUUAAAAUAAGGACGCCGAGAAUGCUUCAUUUCAAAUCCUGUGAGGCCACACAUCCUUUAAAUAUCAAGUGCCAGUGACCUCGACGAGGAUUUAAAAUCACUUUUAUUUCACAACGGGUUGCAAAAGACACUAGCCACGUUUACAUGAGGAGUUUAAUAAAUGGAAAUAAAUAAAUGGUAUACAUGGAAAGGAAUAUUCCAAUCACGUGUCUACAUGCGCCGCUAUAAUCAAGCAUAAUAGUCAACGGGGCAUGCCCAGUAAAAUGUAAACACCAACAUCACGUGAUACCGACUUCCUCCAGUUUUUCUUUCCCUAGUUGGAAUAACUCCGUAUUGCCAGUUUUUCCUUCGUCCAGUCUUGAAAUUUAGUUUGGAUAAAAAAUAAAAUUUCCUUAGCAGUCCAGUGCCGAUUGCUGGCCUCCAUUUUUAAAAAAUGGAAGAACGUCUGGAGCUGCGUGUUACGUCAUAUCUCCGCAUUCGCUCAAAGAACGCACCCGGGAACAGGAAAAGAUAAAGUUCUUAAAUCUUGCUAAUAUUUUAUAAUUAAGCUCGGGACAUGUUUUAUAUAGAUAUGUAUGUUCUUUUUGAAUAAAAGUGGACUUGUGAAUGGCGUAUAGAAGGGUUUAGAUCAGGGGUGGGCAAACUACGGCCCGGGGGCCACAUCCGGCCCGCCAAGUGUUUGAAUACGGCCCGCCCAAUCUUUCCAAAGUAUUUAAUUUAAAGUCAACAUACAACCUGGCAUCAUGGCCUGAGCCAACCUUUUGAUGGUUGUAUCAAUUUCGUUGUUUGACAUGGUCUGUUGUUUACAAAGUGCUCCUGAAAAAAGGGACACAAGCACAUAAUAAUAAUAAAAAUUAAAAUAAUAAUUAUUAUAUUAUUAUUAUUAUAACUAUUAUGAUUAUUAUAUUUAUUAUAUUAAUGCUAAUUAUUAUAUUAAUUAUAUAUAAUAAUAUUGUUAUAUUUGCAUAUUUUAC